UUGUUGUUAUCGGCUCCAAAAAAGGAUUUUUAAAAUUUUUGUUUCCCGUAUGCAUCAGUAAAAUGAUGUGGCAGUUAACUGUCGUUCAAGGCUUUUCUCUCUGGCAAAUAGCCCGUGGGUACACCAGAUAUUUAAAUUUUGACGGAAAAUGUGAUUAUAUCGGCACAAUAGGUAUUGAUGAUGAUGAAACUUAUUACCUUACAUGGAAUGGAUCUGAAUUUACUCAAUCUUGUUCAUAUACAUUCAGUCCCGGCGCAAAUAAUAAAAUAUGCGUGGAUGCUCAACAGUUCUUUAUUUCUGAUUGUUCUGCUAAACUUUGGUAUUAUGGAGGACUUUUGGGAAGCGAACUAAAAAGGACAUACAGUUGUUUGGAUACAAUACCUGAAAAAUUCUGUGGCGAGGAAUUCCAUUAUGUCAAGAUCAAAUUAACAAAGUCGUCAAAAACGAAUGCACUCGGAAACUUUACACUGAAAGUAACGACAACAGGACCUUUGCCAGUAGGUAUCAUUAUUGGUUCAAUCUUUGGUGGAAUCAUCUUGCUGGCCAUCUUCUUCAGUGUAAUAAGAUGGAUUUGUCGUCGGCGUCAAAUCGGAAGAGUACCGAAUGGAAAUGGUGAUCAGAGUCCAAUUAUUACAUCUACAGUGACUCUCCAUCCACCACCACAACAUUACGGCACAACGUAUCCCGGCAGAGAGCAGAACAACACAACUCCACAUCCUUAUCCAAGCGCUGUCCAGAACAACCAUUAUCCUAUCGAUUAUAACAUUCAAACUUCAUAUCCGACUAAAUAACGUUCGUAAUGCCCAGGAUAUUAUUGAUACGAUGAUUUAGCCACCCUCGGGUGAGUAAAAUGUUCAACUCGCCGUUCGGGCAAAGAGAAUAUUGCUCUCCGUUUAUCAUUGUAUUUACCUCAAAAAGAACAAUUAUUGUAUAUAUGUGUUAUAGAAGGUCGUUUCUUUUGGUUUUAUUUAUUUAAGAUGCAUACUAUGUAUGAUUCAUAUUUGAAAUAGCUUUAUUGAUAUAUUUU